AUGUUAGAAGACGCUGGUUUUGGUGAAAUCGUCAAAAUCAAGCAUUGUGUAUCAGACCAACACCUUUGCACCGCUUUGGUUGAAAGGUGGAGACCCGAGACACAUACUUUUCAUCUUCCUUCCGGUGAAUGCACUAUAACAUUGGAAGAUGUUUCAAUGUUACUCAGUUUAAAAAUAAAUGGCGAGGUCGUUACCGGAAGCACCUCAAAUAACAUACUCCAAGAAUACGGUCACUUAAUUGGAAUUCAAGAUGAAAAUGACGUUCCUCGAGAUGGUAAUAGUAUCAAUCUGACAUGGUUAAAAAGGAAGAUUCAUGAUAUGCCAUUUGAAACAACGGGUGAAGAACGACUCCAAUAUUUUAGGAUUUAUCUCCUGAUGUUCAUUGGAUGUUUUUUAAUGCCUGAUUCAACUGGUAGUCGUGUCAGUGUUAAGUACUUACCACUAUUAAGUGAUCCGAAUACUGUUAGCAAGUAUAGUUGGGGAUCGGCAUGCUUGGCAACAUUAUACAGAGGAUUAUGUGUCGCGGCGGACACAAGUACCAAGGCGAAGAAGACGAACUCAAUAUCUGGGUGCGGCUUCCUACUUCAAGCAUGGGCACGAUUUCGAAUUAAGUGUUUCUCACGUAUAAGAAUACUUGAAGUAGGUGAUGGUCCUUAUGCACUCGAAGUACUAUCUCGUGGCACAAAAUAUGGUGGAAAUCCAGCACACGAUGUAGUUUCAAUGAGGAGUAGGCUCGAUGAAAUGACUAGAGAUGACUUUAUUUGGAGGCCUUAUCAAGACAUAGCACUUAAUGCUAUAGAGGAGGACACUCAUUGUUGGUCUGCAACCACGUACCUAAUAUGUUUUGAAAUUUUGGAGUACCACCAAACCGACCGAGUUAAACUCCAGUUUGGAAUCAAACAAACUAGAUUGCGCCCAGCAGAAAACAUGUCAAAAUAUCACAAGCAAACUAGGCGUGGAGGAGCAAAAGAUAGAUGGGAUGUUGAAUAUGAAAGUUUUAUCGACGAUUGGAAUAAUCGUCACACUAAGGUGAUAACUGGCACACAUGCAAAUAAACUUCCAAAUUCUUAUUUUGAGUGGUAUUAUAAUACCUUCAAUCCGUUCUUCUUCAAACCCCCACCCACACUAAACAAUCCAUCUACCUCAACCCGUGAAUUUACCCCUGACCCUGACCAAACACCCAUGCAAACCACAACACAAAAUCAAUCAGCUCCAUACCUAGAUUAUACCCCUCCCCAAUUCCCAAUCUAUGACCAUCAAACCUACAUCUCACCACCAACAACAAAUUUCUACGACCAACAAAACUUCUACCCAUCUAAUGACCCAAAUUUCCACACACCAGCCCAACAAAAUUUCUACACACCGGCCCAACAAAAUUUCCCCAACAACCUAUUCACUUCACCCCAACACAAUACCAACGACACUCAAAACUCUGUGGGUUCGUCAUGGAUUAAUGAGUUGAUUACUCUUGAUGAUCCUAAUAAUCCUAAUAUUUUUGACAACCUUUCUGGUGUGCCAUUUACCUCCUUGUUCAACGACACAUCUACAUCAAACUUUUUCAAUGCCUCAAUUUCGAGUAAUCCUACUGCAUCUUUUCAGUAUCAACAAGACGAUGUGGAACAACAUCAAGGAGAACUUCGAAGAGGUGAUCGUGUUCGUCAUGCUCCUACAUGUGGUACUGGAGGUCAUUUAGGUGACGAUGACGUUGGUGGUGGUGGUGGUCGUGGUCGUGCUCGUGGUCGUGAUAAUUAG